GUCUGAGCCGCGGGCCAAGGGCGGCGGCGGCAAGGGCAAGAGCAAAGGAGUUGGCAAGGCAGGCAAGACCAACGCGAGCGGAGCCAACCCCCUGGACUACGUCCGCUGUGCGAACUGCUCGUACAAGUGGAACUUCAGGGCCAGGGUGGAGUGCUACAACUGCAAGAAGCCGCUCAAGCCUGCCGCAGUGGACGAGCCUCCGCAGCUACGGGCAUCGGCGUGGUCAUUCGCUCGCGAGCCGUGGGUGCGGCACUCUGACGACUGGUUCGGGUACGAGGCACCGCCACCGCAGCCCGCCCCGCCGUCGGAUGCAGAGUGCCUCGCGGCGUUGGCGGCCAGGCAUCCCGAGCACGGCCAGCAGCUCGAGGCCAUCAAGAUGGCAGUCGCACCACCGCCCGUUGCGGCCACGGUGUUGCCAGAUGUGGCCCUCAACCGCGCCCAGGCCAAGCAGCGUCGGGCUCAAGCCGCCUUCCUCUCCAAGUCCCAGCAGGUCCACGACGCCGAGCAGUGGCUCCAGGCCUGCCGCGAGGAGGAGGUGCGUGCAGGUGAGCUCGUCCUGGCGUGCAACGUGGAGGUGGAGGAGGCCUACAAGGCAGCAGCGCCCAAGGGCGUCCAGGUGCAGGCGCAGGAGGCGCAGGGGCCUGGCGCCAAGGCUCAGCCUGCCGUGGGCCUCAACGUCACGGCGCUUUUGGCGGAAGACUUCCAGGUCGAGGCAGGCGACGCCUUCAGGCUGGACGACCCAGACCUGGACAUCACCGACACGGAGCGCGAGGAGUUCAACAAGUCCCUGGAGGGCUUCGUCGAGCAAGUCAAGCAGCACGUGCGCACCACCUUCGGUGAGGCCAAGACGCAGCUGGAGCAGAGGCGCAGCGAGAUCGACGCCAAGCACCAGCAGCUGCUGGCCAGGCGCCAGUCGCAGGCCCUGCGACAGCAGGCCCCGCGGAGGCCCCAGCGGCCGCCGCGGCCCCAGCCCAGGCCCCCACCCCUGGGCAGCCUGGGGCCCCUGCUGGGCCUCCUGGUGCUCACCCUCCUGAGCCACCCAGCCUCCGCGGCCCCGAUGGCGCAGCCAAGUUGGCUCAGCUCAGGCGGGACUUGGAAGCAGCAGCCGCCGUUCCAGCUGGGGACGCAGAUGCGUAAGGCCCAGUCCUGGGGACCGGACGCGCCGCCAGAGGCCAAGCCACGAGAGGCCAGACUCGUCCGCCUGGGCAGGCGGGAGCGGGCCAUCCUGGCCACGCGUAUGCGCCGCAUGGCUCGGCACUGGCGCCCUACCCCGUCGCUGGGGACCACGGCUCAGGACCGCAGGCACUGGGACUCCUACUGCGUGCCGUACAUCUUCCACCAGCUGGGCUCUGGGGAGUACACAGCCAUGCUGGACGACCUGGCAGCCACCACGGGCAGCGGAUCCCGAAUUGCCGAGCGCAUGAGGAUUGCACGGGAGUUGGGCGACGAAGCCUGGAACCGUGGAGGGGAGGCCAGGCGCCUCCAGCGGCAGUGGUUGGAGCAUCUGCAAGUGGCUAAUCAGGGUGCUUUCGAGCGUGAGGCGGCUCAGCAGGACCGCGCCCAGUCGGCCGCGGAGCGGUGGUUCGACCGCCAGUCCCAGGCGACGACGGGAACGCAGGCCCCCACCGUCUACUUCGACGACCGCAUCCACUGCUGGAGGUUGUGCGCCGCGAAGGUGCUGGAGGCCGACCUCGGCCCAUCCACCUCGACUGGGACCACGGAGGAGCCGCUGUGUUGCUCUGCCUCGCCCGUUGAAUGCACCGAGCUCACUCCCACCCCAGCCGCGUGCAACCUCAAGGGCGGGGACGUCAGUGUCGGCAGUGUUGGCGGCCAGUCCACCUGCAGCGGGACAUCGGCAAAGCCCCAGUGCGACGCCGCCAAGUAUCGACCCUCAGCAGCAGGAGCCCGCAGAGGCAAGCGUCGACAGCGGAGCCACAGGCGCUUCACCUUCCACAGCGUCAAUGCCAGCCUCAGCUGGGGCAAUGUUGUGGGCUACCUCCACGGCGCGGCACACCAGCAGCUCACCGAGGGCAAGAUUCCGAUCAUCGGUUUCCAGGAGCACGGCAAGCGGCGUUUAUGGGCCGAAGAGAGCGCACGGGCCUUGCUGCCCUUGGGCUGGAGGGCCCUGCCCACGCCAGCGACGGACGGCCCGAAUGGAGGGGCCUCGGCGGGCGUCUUGCUGGCGAUACCUGCCUGUGUCGGCGUCACUCUUGCAUCUGGACAGCGACACUGGGACAUAUCUCCCCCAGGUUGUGCAGGCAGGCUCCUGAUGGCCACCCUCGAGGCCAAGGGCAUCGGCAAGUUAUUGGUUUUCUGUGCGUAUUGCUUCACUGGUCAGAAGUUGGCGUCUGUGGGCAAUUCAGCUCUCCUGUCAGUUAUCACGGGGUGGGCAGUCAAGCUCCAGCUGCCCUGGAUCGUCAUCGCGGACUGGGAGAAUCUACCUGAUGCUUUGGAGCGUUCGCCGUGGAACAACCAGCUCAGAGGCCGCGUCGUAGCGUGGCAAGGGGAAGGGGGCACCAACCGCUCCCCGCACGGUGAGCGCGUGAUCGAUUAUUUCUGGAUGCACUCCAGUUUGGCUGCCAAUAUUUCCCCAGCCCGCAUUGACGACGACGCGGUCUACCACCCUCAUAGAGCCACAUGGGUCGAGUUUCAGCAGCCUUGGUCGGCCUUUACCUACACCAAGCUCAUCCGACCCCACAAGUUCCCGAUCCCAGGAGUCAAGCCGAGGCACUUCGAUCUCUCGUGCCCAGACGUGCCUGCAGGUUUCGACCCCGAUGCGGUGCCUACCCAGGAGCUCCUGGACGACACCUGGGAGGCUUUCUGCCACGCCGCCGAGGAGGAGCUGAUCCAGAAGGUGGGCUUGGACCCCAGCAGUAGGCAAGCCGAUCAAUGCCGAGGUCGUGGGGGACCACCGCGCUUCAGGAGGUGCCCGUUGCUCCCGACCCACACCGAGGCCAUCGCUUCGUACGGGGAGGCCAAGCGUUGGAGGUGGUUUGCCAACGAGUUGGCUUGGCUGGGCAUCAUUGAAGUAAAGCUUUUCAGCUACACGGGCGCUUCCGACCUGGCCCUCACCACGUUGCACCAGCAGCGGCACGCCUCCAUCCGCAAGUUGCGUGACCGCUUCAGGCACCACAUGCUAUUAGAAGGCGUGGCUGAGCUGCAGGAGUUCUUCGAGGUUUUCACGUCUCGGGACCGCGGCUAUGAAGACUUGCAGGAGCUCUCGGCUUGGCGCCUCAGCUGCAGCCAGUAUGCCUCGUACUUGGAGUGGCAGAUCGGCAAGGAACGUCGAGAUUCCUUCAAGCAGCGGUUAGAGGACGACUUCCCAGGCUCGCAGGGGCUCCUCCACAGGGUCACCAAGUGGCGCCAGGCUUGGCAGGCUCCCAAGGGCAGUAUCUCCAAGAAGCUGCUCCCAGCGGCGCCUCAGGCCGCCGUGGACCAGGAGUUGCACGACUGGUCGAAGGUCUGGACCACUGGCUCAGGUUUCCCCAAGCCGUGGAGGGGCCUCCAGCAAGUCGCCGUCACGCCGCCCAGCCCUCACCACCUGCGCGGUUUGGCCCCGCGUUUCAGGGCCAAGACGGGGAUCGGCGUGGACGGAUGGCAACCCAAGCUUUGGGCCUACCUCACGGACGGCACGCUAUCGGUGCUCGCGUCAUUGCUGGCCUGGUGCCAACAACUGGGGCGGUGGCCGUCCCAGGUCCACCUCCUGCUCGUUUUCAUCAUCGGGAAGCUCGAUGGAGGGGGCCGACCCAUCAUUCUUCUACCCGGCCCUUGCCGCAUCUGGGAGGCGUGGCAGCUGCCCACCAUCAGGAGCUGGUUGGCGGCGCACCCCAGGAGCUACGACUACACGGCGGCGGGCCAAUCAUCGGAGCGUGCGCUGUGGAAAGCCUUGUUGGACGACGAGCUCGUGUUGGGCACAGGCAUACGCGCGGCCACGAUGCUGGCGGACCUCGCCAAGUGUUAUGAGAAGGUUCCGCAUGAGCGUAUGUGGUGGCUAGCAGCUUGGUGGGACGGCCCGCUGGAGGUGGUCGCGCUCGCCCUGGAGAGUUUCGCCUUUGGCCGUGUCAUUCGUCUCGGGGAGGCCUGCUCGGCGGAGGUCCUGUCCUCCACAGCGCUCCCAGCGGGCAGCCGUUUUGCGCCCACCUUCCUGAGGUUCUACCUCACGCUGUGCUUAGACGGCCUGCUGGGGGUUUUCCGCCCCACGAUCUACUUGUACGUUGAUGACAUCGCCCUGCGGGUCAUGUCCACCGAGGCGCGCGUCUUGCACAUGCUGCCGCAGGCCACGCGCUUGCUGUUUUGGAUGCUGGAGUCCUUCUUGGGCCUGGAGGUAGCCCGAGCGCGGGACGGGGCGAGAGGCAAGUGCUCUUUCCUGCAAACGGCCACUCCGUCUUCAGGCUUGACGCAGGCCAUGGCCGUCCUUGGAGUACCGCCCAACACCUCCGAGCGGUGGCUCGGCAUCGACUACGGUCCCAGCGUCAAGACAGAGAACCAGUCAGCCCCAGUCAGACACGCGCGGCUUAAGAUAGCCAAGCAGCGUUGGCCUAAGAUCCGCGGCCUUCCUCGUGCACGCGGAGGCAAGCUCAAGAUGGUCGUGCGGCAGGGCCUCGGAGCCUCGGUCGCCUACGGCGCCCGUGUCCGCGGCACGCCCAGGCCCAUCGUGCGUUUUAUCCAGCAGAAGGAUCGGGCCGUCCGCAGGGGCGCCACAGCUUUUACCUCCCGAGUCUUGCACGACGGCCUCGACCCCAGUUGCGCCGACACCCUCGUUCCGGCACCGCUGCUGGCUUGGGCGAGGGAAGCGUGGGACCACCCGGAGGGGCGGCGUGCGCAGGCCACAGCAUGGGCCCGAGUGCAGCAACAGCUCGCGCUGUACAUGGACGCCGACGCUCAGAUUUGCCCCAAGUCGGUCGAGGCAGCCGUGCUUUUGGCAGCCCGUUCCAGAGCCCUGUGCCAGUGGGCUGCGGCUCAGCCCGAGCGGGCUGCGCUCCUGCCAGCGCCGUGGCUCACCCCAGCGAGGCAGUUGGUCAAGCGGCGCAAGCAGGACGGGUGGCUGCAACACCAUGCCGACGCGGUCAAGAAGGCGGUGUUGGGCGGUUUCCCUUCGCAGGAGGCCCUUUUCUCUUCGGGCCAGGCGGACGCUCCGCAUUGCCAGCUUUGCGACGACACGACCUGUUUCGGCACCCACCAGCACUAUUACUGGCGGUGCGGCAGCCCGACGUGUGCUACGGUGAGGGAGCAGCUGACGGCCCACGACUCGACACCUACCUUCAGAGACGUCGGCCACCUGGGCUUGUCGGCCUCCUCGCCGGAAGCCUCAAGAUGGUUGUGGGAGCGGGGUUUGCGGCGAACCCCAUGUUACGGCUUGGCUUGGAGCCUACCGUCGCAGCGCACCCAUUGGAUCGUCAAUGGCGCGGCCCCCGAGCUCACCGAUGUGCUGGUUUCGGACGGAUCAGUCAAAGGCCUGGAUGACCUCAGGCACGGCGGCUGGGCGGCUUUGCAGUGCACAGCGGAGGCCGACGACGUGGUGCAGGGCCUGUACGGCCCACUGCCCUUUCCCGACCCCAGCUCGGUCCUGGCAGAGUUGUGGGGUCUCCUCCACGCCCUCAGGCAUUCGGUCUUCAUCACGGCCAUCAUCAUUGACAAUGCUCAGGUGGUCCAAGGCCUGGCCCGUGGCAGGGCAUGGUGUUGUUCAGCGGCCAGGCCCUAUGCGCACGUCUGGCUCGAGAUCUGGGAUCGCCUGGAUGACAUGGACAUCCUUCCUGGCAGAGAGUUGUCGGUCAUCAAAGUCGCCUCGCACAUAUCGCAGGUCAAACGUCUAGCGCUGCCAGAGGAGGUCCAAAUUCACAUGAGGCACAAUGACUUAGCCGACGAAUGGGCCAAGCAAGGAGCAGACCUCAGCGCGCCGCCAGAGUGGGCCACGUUGCAGGUCAAGCAGGAGCUCAAGGCCACCAAGCGCGUGCUAGAGUACAUCGGGCACUUCAGGGUCCUCCUCGACGGGGUCAGGCACCCGCACGUUCUGGAAGUGUGCCGCGGUUAUUCCAAGUGCACCAACUGCGGCAAGGCGCCGCCGCUCGGCCUGUGCGACAGCGAGCAGACCAUGGAGAUCAGGGCUCAGUUCGCCAGGGUACGGCCUGACUCGGGUUUGACAGCCAGGCAGCGCCGUCGGCUGCUUCGGCAUCACUUCGAUGUGUUGAACCAGGUCAGGGAGCGUUUCAGGAGUCUUCUUGGAGAUCGUGCCCCGCCUGAGACGGCCUCGUGGCACCAGUGGGUCUUCGAGCCCCUCUCCUCGGAUGACGACCAAGGAGGUGAUGCGGCAGGCCGCGCCGCCGAGGACGCCCAUGGCUACGACGAUGCCGACGAGUUCGCGGCCCUCAGCGUGCACAGCGACCUCGGGGUGGUGGAGGCAGACGGCAGGGCCACGCAGGCCACAGGCACCCAGGCGUCAGAGCGCGAGUCGUCGCCCAAUCCCGACCUCGCCCCCAGGGCACUCCAGCCACAGGAGGAGGGAGCUCCAGCGGGAGGGGCGAGGCGGGAGGGUGUUUUGCGGAUCCGCAGUGCGGCAGCCACCUGUUCCCAGGACGUGGACGACGGUGCUACGGCUGGCGCUGGGGCAGCUCCUGUUCCCACGGUGCCGCCUGCUGCUCAACCCGCUGGCGAGCCUGGAGCUGAUCAGUGCGAGUUGGCCAGCUCCCUGGACGUGGACGGCAAGGCUGCCACCCAGGCAGCGGCCGCUGUGUGCUCCGCCCCCUUGGCGGCACACCAAGCUCGUGCUGGCCAGGGCAGCCUGAAACACGGUGGUAAGGCCCCAAGGACUGGUUCCUCAGCAUCCUCGGCGGCGGCGGCGGGCUCUGGCCAGGGCGGCCUGGCGCCGCUGGCGGGUUCCCCGCCGCCUUUGGCUGGGGCUGCGGCGGCCUCGGAGCCAGAGCGGGGUGCGCGCGGGCGGGCGGCCUCUGCCCAGCCCGCCAGGAGUGGCCAGGCGCUGCCUGAGACGGCCAGAGCCGCUUCAUCGGAGCCUCGGCCACAUACGGUCGAGAUCAUUGGCAAUUUCGUGGUCUGCGUCGUGUGUGGUUCCUACUACAGCUCGGUGGCCAGGAACCUCGGCGGGCCGUGCAGGCGGCUGGACCCGCGCGACCCAGGCGACAAGGAGCGCCUCAGGCGCUUUCGCCGCAUCCAGCGCGGCCAG